AUGACGACAGCCAAGGACAGCAUCAAAACAGCGAUCGCCUACGAUCCAACGGGAAUUCACCAGUCAGAAUUAGUGUACCGCACGCCUCUAUCAUCCCUGCUCGGACUGCACGCAUUCAACAAGUUGGUUCAUUCGAUUCCGUCAUUGCCACAUGCUCUCGAGUUUCUGGUGUUUCUAUUCGGCUAUGCCUUUAAUCCAGUCUCCAUUCCGCUCUGGAUGAUUGCCGUCUCCUUGACUGGUGUGGUUGUGACGGAUAUGCCUCCACCAGACACAUUACGCUAUGAUUAUUUCGUGUUUGCACCCAUCUACUACUUGGCCACGGUCCUGGUGACACUGAUUGGCACGGAGGUCGCCAAGGCAUCCUUUCGCGCCACUCGACCCGAAGCAGUCCUGUCGGCAGAAUUCAGAGCCUCCAAACUAAGACGCUACGGAACCCUAGUGGCAUCUCUCAAAUCGAAACACUCCUUUCCCAGUGGAGACAGUGCCCAAGCCGCCAAUGCCGUUCUGUUUUGGUUCCAUUUCAUUGCUCCCUUGUUGUUGCCAGAGCAUCAGCAACACAUGACAAUUAUCAAUAUUUUUGCAUUUGGCAUUUUCUAUCCGGGAGUUGCUUUUGCCAGAAUAUUUUAUCACUGUCAUUGGAUCGAAGAUUGUCUGGGAGGGGCUCUUCUGGCUGCUACCCUACACAAGACCGUCAUGCCCUAUGUGUAUGAGUUUGUACUGCGGCAGGUACCCUACGUUUACGAGUUACUAUUCCAAUCUGUUUAG